ACACCACACAUGCUGGCAGUGAUAGUGACGAGCCAUACGCUUUAACUCAGUUCAGGUCUUCUCUGUAUCCGUCUAAUCCCUUGCAAAAUGCCCAAGCUUCACGUGUUGUCAAUGUCAGUUGUCAUUGUCAUGGCAUUUAUAGUCCCAUAUGGUAUCAAAGCCAGCACCACACCUCUAGAGCUGUUAGCUUGUGAAAAGCGAACUGACGAAAAUAGUGAUACACCAGAGACUGUCUGCGGUGCUCAGAUGAACUGUUACUGCGGGGAGGGAUCAUUCGUGAACUGCAGUUUGGUCAUGAGUGGCAGUAACAUAGAUUGUGAUACACAGUGUAGCAGUUGUUCUCCCAGUUCAGGCGAAUAUGCCCCUUUCGAAAACCGAUGUACCAGUUGUCGAAAUGCAACUGUCUGUAAAGCAAAUGAAGAGGUUGAUAAAGAGGUCACUGGAAGGUCAGACAGGACUUGCCGGUGCCGUGACUGGCCCAUCCCACGUGAUGUUUGUGAGCUACACAAUUGCACUGACUUGAGUUGCCCACCCUGCCCUGAACCCAGCUCAUGUCCAACACCAACAGCUGUGGAAGUGACAGAGCAAUCUCGGUGUCCUCGUCUUGGACCUGACACAUUUGAUGGCAAAUCUUUUGGAAAAGGUUGCGCAGUUGGUGCUGCAGUAAUGUUUGUUGUACAUGUAUGUGUACUUCUUGUACUGUGUUAUAGACGUGGUUAUAUUUGUUGCUUUAAAAAGCAAGAUUGUACAUGGAUAAACCUUGCAAGGAGGAUUUGCUGUAACGAAGGGGAAGACGGACAAAACGGCAAUUCACAUCAACCAGCUCCACUUCCCCAGGAAGAGGCUUCUGACGUCCAAGACUAAUCCAGUAUGUUUUUUAGCCAUUGUAAUUAAAUAUUUGUGACCCACUCUGCGGAAAUGAGUCUUAAGUCACCAGAGCCACUUUGGAGUAAAAAGUCCUUGGGAAUAA